AUGAAGUUCUCGUCAUUUUUCUUAACUUCGUUGAUUUUAUUAAUUCCAAUUUCUGCUGUAAAAGUACAUGUUUCGGUUGGCAUAGAUCAACCUCUUAAUGAAUCGGGAAUUGAUGCUUUUGUUGGUUCAUUUCAACAUAAUGCAAUAAUUCAUGUACCUCCUAAUACGAAGGGUAUUGACACGAUUGUUAUUACUAAGCAGAGUUCAACGUUGGCUUUAGUUAACAUACGUUUAGUUAUUCCUUAUGGUGGUUAUGUAUGUGCAUUUGGUAAUGAUGGUGUUAAAUUCGAUUAUGAUCAAUCAACUAAUCGAUUAGUUUAUGAACCUUGUAAAUUAUAUAUUACUGAAUCACAAGGUAAAUUAACUUUACAUGAUCCUACUAAUUAUUGCCCGAUUUGUAAUAAUAUUGGUGUGUUUGAUGGACUUGUAUUUAAACCCGGUUCACCGAUUGGUUCAAUUGACGAUUUCAUUGGUACUUUUCAUCAUUCUUCGAUAAAUGGUGGUGAAGAUAUUGCAGUUAUUGUUAAACAAACUUCAACAAUAGCAUUACUUUCUCUUAGUGGUAUUCUUCCUGGUGGUAGAAAUUGUUCAUUAAACACUAUUAAAGUUGAGUAUGUUCCUAAUACAAUUCCUCCACGACUAUUUGCUAAUGGUUAUGCCGAUUGUGCAUUAUACUUUACACCAGAAAAAGAUGGUAAAUUAACUUUACAUGAUCCAACUUUUAAUUGUGCUCGUAACAAUUGUGGUGUAUUUGAACUAUGGGAAGGCUCAAUUUUUCAAAGAGAUUAA